AUUGAACAACUAAAACGCACCGUUCAACGUGAAUGUGAGGAACGUGAAGAGCUACACGCGACCCUGUUACGUACCCGGGAGCAACUAGUUCACAUCACAGAUUCGGCGCUCGAUGUGCACGAGAGAUGUGAACGAGAUCGGCAAACGGGAUCGCGGAGAAGUCAGGCAGUUCGCCCCAGCCAUGACUCUCCACCUCGUCAUUCUAUCAGUUUGCCUCCAUUAUCUGGGGAUCAGAAGCAGAAACCACGGAUUCUCUCGGACACGUCGACCACAAGCCGAAUAUCCAGUUCACAAGAUUCGCACACAAACAAUGUUUCCAACACUAGGCGAAAAUCUAAGAUGUCCGAGUUGGCUUUGGCCAAAAGGAGAAUCGCUCUGAUCAGAUCGAAACGAUUGGAACAAACGUGA